AUGCAAGCCGCUGAUACUACUCAAGACAUACAAGAUGGCAGCUCCAAACGCCAGAAGUCGAGACACCGUGCUUCGGUAGCAUGCGCAACAUGCCGGGAGCGCCGCAUUCGCUGCGUGGUGCCAGAAGGCGACAAUACGUGCACGCAGUGCAAAAGAGUCGGAUCAGAAUGCGUAAUCAAACAGGAUGAUGAGAGGAGGCGUCCGAUUUCGCGGGCGUACAUGUCAACGCUUGCCGAUCGCGUCUCCUUGUUAGAGGCCAUGCUAAAGAAGAGAGGCGAAGAACUACCGCCAGUCAAGUAUCCACCAAAAACAACGCGUGGAAGUCUCUACGCCGAUGGUGAUGAAUCACCCGAACGACCAGCUGUCUCCAAUUCGCAAUCUCGACAGAGGGAUUCGUCAAAUAGUGGCUUUACAUUCCAGGAUGGCCGCAGUCCCGACGGAGAUAGUAUCGAAGGCUCUCACGUCGGUGCUUCGAGUAUUGAUCAUCGGAAUGAGCAGGAAGGUGGGCUGGGGACGCCUUUAGAUGACAAGACAGACGGUCUCGUAAGUCGUCUCUUGUCAACCCGAGGUCAUCUCUCAUUCGACCAAUUGAGUGGACGUUUGCGCUUCUAUGGAGGAACUGUCAACUGCCACGUCUAUUCAGAACUGGAGGUGGAUGAGGCCCAGACUGCUCCACUACCUGAACAAGUGCGGAGGGCAGAGAAGUGCAUUCGWUCGCUAGCUCUCGAGACGCACGACUAUCUGAUGCAGCUGUUCUGGACGCACUACAACGGUGUCUUGCAUGUGGUUCACGAGACGGCUUUCACCGAAGACAGGGAAAGUGGCAGGACGCAGUUCUACUCUGGCUUUCUUCACGUGUGCAUUCUGGCGAUGGCCUACCGAUUCUCCGACAAGUCAAGACCAGACAUGCAACGUAUAGCGCUUCCGGAGCGAGAUAGUACUCUGCACCGAGAAGCAAAGCUCAUGCUCGACCUUGAGCUUGAACGUCCUGGUGGUGUGCCUUCAAUCGCUGCACUUCUCAUUCUUGGAGAUUUAGAAGUCGGCAUGGGAAGGGACAAUGUUGGCUGGAUGUAUGCAGGCAUGGCCAUGCGUCUCUGCUAUGACAUUGGUCUCCAACUGGACACUCGCUCAGCAGGACUGUCCGAGAGGGAGAUGGACAUCAGAAGAAUGACUCUAUGGGCAUGCGUCAUCUAUGAUCGAUACUGGUCACUGUUUCUUGGACGUCCGCUUACAAUGAAGUCUGUUGACGUGGAAAUCUAUUCACUUGCAGAGCAGUUUGAACGCUUGGGAACAUGUAUGCCGGCCGGACCAUCCAGGAGCAUGCACACCCGAAUAUACGAAGCAUUGAUUGAUUUGAUGGAAAUUGCUGGCCACAUGGUCGAGCAAGCGGAAUUCCGGCAGAACAAUGCGUCUGAGACGAAACCCGACCAGGCCGCUUACUUUCGCAUGGCUGGGUUGGAUAAAGACCUACACAGCUGGGCAGCACGACUGCCUGCAGAUCUGCAAUACACCGAAGAGAAUCGCAAACAUGCCCCGAUUUCCUUUUACCUGCUACAUCAACAAUUUCACGCAGCACUCAUCUUACUCCACCGCCCUUUUGCGCGGUACGAUACCAUGGAUGAUGCGGAAAGACAGGAAGUGGGCUCUUUAGAUCACCAUUUCUCCCGUGCUAGUCGAGCAAUCUGCACCAAGUCAGCCAUCAUGAUAGCUCGUAUCUUCUGGGAGCACCGGCGAAAAUUCGACGGCAAGGUCAUAUUCUGCAUCGGCAUCCAGCAUGCUGGAGUUGCAGCAAUGGCGCUCAUCGCAGCGCUGGMGUACACGCCGGAUAUAACUGCUCGAAACAACAACAUGCAAUAUCUGGAAGUUCUGCACGCCGCGCUACAAGACAUGUCGUUCCUUUACCAGCCAGCGGAGAGAAUGGUCUCAGUGCUGAACGCCGUCAUGGUUGAGCUCCGUGGUGGUCCAAUCAGUCCAAAGCAGGUCCACCCACCGCGACGUGCCAGCGAAGCCCUUGAACCUGAGCGAGGAAUUGUCAAACGGAGACAGAUCAAACACACGAGUCAGUCUGUAACAAUGCCUCCUCCAGCAACUACAUUUCGACAGGAACCAUCAACAACCAACAGUAUUGACCACAGCAAACCUACCUUGCCACAACAGCAGAUGAACCCGGGAGAGCUCAAAACACAGAAUGCACAUAAUACUCACUGGUGGCCCGAAAUGUACCCCAACGGGAAUCUUCAACAGAUGGCUCCCAUUCCGCCAUCUCUCCCAAACAUGAAGCUACCAGAGACGCAGCUCCAAUGGGAUACCUCUCCAAUGGUCAAUCAUAAUUACGCUCAUACACAGCCACCACUACGCUCUGUUUCUGGAAUGCAUGGAGGCGAUGUUUCCAGCCUGGAGUACAUGCACCUACCCGCACAAGAUAAUUGGAACUUUUGGCCAUCAACGUCUUAUCCUAUGGCUAGUGCCGCCCUUGGCUCGAUGUCUGAACCAGUGCCUUCCUCUACGACUAGCCAUGGCCAUAAUGGUAGCGAGCUCAAUGAGUAUUCGCCGCAUGGCCAAUUGUACGAUCCGAAUGCGUUCCCGCCUUUAGGGACGGGUGGUUCGAUGAAUGAACAGGCACGACAACGAUGA